CUUGAUCGCUCCGUCAUCCGGUUCUUCUCCUUUCCCCUUUAUCCUCGAAGUAAACCCCUUAUGUUUCCAAAAAAGCCAUGAGGGUCCGGCUCUUCAAACCAAUUCAGCAGGCGGUUAGCCUGGCAUUUCUAGUGCAGCAUGUGGUGUCGGCUGUUGAACCACUGGGCAUGACGUGGAUCAAUCCACCUUUCAAUGAUUUGACUGGGAUUCCGCAACGCUUUGCUCUCGGCAGUAAAAUUCUUAUUGAAUGGAGCGUUGGGAUGGCAUACUCCGAUUCCUUGACGAUUGAAAUUUGGCACUUACGACCUGGACCUUGGGACUCAGGAUCGGACCUGAUUGGCACUUUGCUCAAGGACAUCUACUAUUCAUCCGACCUUCUCUGGGACAUCGGGGACCAUGACAAUAUCAACAAUUCAAUUCUCCUCGACAGCCGGGAAUUUAGACUUCGGCUCCGUCGAUCUGACGACCCGAACUGGAAAAGUGACAGUGGAUUGUUUUAUAUCCAAGACAAUCCACACCCAGAUGCAUCUUCCAUGACGCCUACGACAUCCACAAUAGGGACAGUCACAGCGCUGGAAUCAUUGGCAAACGAGGCUCUUGACAACAGCAACGAACUUUCCCAGACUGCGAAAAGAGGAAUUGGGAUAGGAGUCGGACUUGGCUCUGCUGUACUCAUUGUACUCGCAAUCUUGACAACGAGGCUUUGA